GAGCACCAAGAUCUCGCAUGCGCCGUAGUAGCCUACUCGCCGCUUUAAACCAAGGCUGGACAGAUGUUAAGCAGCCUGGUUGAGGGGUGAAACUCCGGGAAAACAUUUUAAAGAGGGAGCUGAAGAGUCAACGCUGACCAUAUUAAUGUAGGGACAAAAGUAAAUAACGGGCAUCAUGUUGAGAAAAUAGUUCCAGAUAUGUCAGCAGCAGGAGCGACGCGGAAAUGUCCACAACCGAGCAACAGCCAAAUCGAGUCUGUGGUAGAGGAUGACAGCAGAGGGGUCCACCGGAGCGGUCAACGCCGUCUGCACCCAAGACUCCUCCCACUCACCUAAAACAACCUGCCCACAAACCACAUGGCCCUGCCCACAGAAGGAUGAGCUCGAAGUCAGACUCCGCCUCCGCUCCCCUCCUGGGGCGUGGCUACUAGCGGGCGUUGUCGUGGUGAUGGUGGGAAUGUUUGUGGCCGUGGCCGGGUACGCUAGCUCCACCCCUAACCCUGUGGGUGGGCGAGGCAGCUCCCACAGCGAGCGAAUGAAACUGCUCGGCCCUGUCGUGAUGGGCAUCGGCCUGUUCAUCUUCAUCUGUGCUGGAACCCUGCUGUAUGAGAACCGGGACCGCGAGAACCGAGAGCGUGAGAACCUUGAGAACCCUGAGGAGCAGGGGAAACACAAACAGAAGAAAACAAGGGAAUGGCGCCGGGAGAACCGUGAUUAUGAGGAUGUGGAACAGGGGAACCAGAGAGAGCCCUCAGACAGACACUCCCCUCUCCCUGAGGAGUGCCCGCCCCCCCUGCCUCCCAGAGUGCCUAAACAGGAGGGGUCAGAGUUGAACAUUCUCUCUGUGGGGGUGCUGAGCUCACUGCUACCAGGGGAGGGACAGGGGCGUGAAGAGAGAGUCAGAGAGGUGGGGGGUAAAGGGGGGUCAACCCUGCUGACCAGAGUCCUAUACCACCAGGACUCCCCCUCCUCCUGUCCCUCCCCAGCCCCCUCCUCUGUGUACUCUGACUCCUGUAAUUCCAGUGAGAUCAACUAUAACAUUCAGACAGGCUCCCCUAUCCACUCUAUUCUCCAACUCUGAGAUACUACUGUACUCACAUCUGUACACGCUUUUCUAAAUAAAUGCACCACAUAUUUCUCCA